AUGUACCCCAAGUCGACAAUCAUCAUGGCUUGUGCAGCGGCCCUUGCGGCCCUUGCCGGCGCGUCAGGCCCGCAGCACGUCAACCUGGCGAAUGGACAACUGUACCCAGCGGAGCAGAUCAUCGAUAUGCAGGACGGCAAUCUAAACGCCAUAGUCCGAAACCUCGUGGAUUUCGGGUCAGGUCCCACUGCUGCAGGGGCAGCGGGCGUAAGUCGCCUGCUUGCGCAAGCUGGCUUUAAUGCCGUGGAGGAGAGCGUCAUAGUGGACGACCGUCGCGAGAUCGAGACAUCGGCCACGGUACAGACAUCAGGGCUAAACUACCACAUCGACGUCACGGUGGAGGCAGACCCGGGUUCGACGAGUAAUAUCUCGGUGACCGUCGGGUUCUGGUGGACGCGGUUCGCUGAGGAGACAAUGGUCAACCUGAUCGAAAACGCAAUUCUCGGCAUGCGUCCAGGGCAAGCUACCGAGGCCGUCUUCAUCUUGGUGGAUGACGAUAGUCAUACUUUUAUGGGCUUCGACGUAAAGAUAUCGCGUACCAUACCAUGA